AUUAUGCUGACAGAUUAUAUAUUUCUUGGUACAAUAAUGAUUUCUGAUUUCUCUUUCUGCCCUGUCUACUGAAAAAAAUUCCAGCUUAACAUUUGGACCUUUUUGGUAAUUUGGAUAAUUUUAGCAUUCAAACCAAGGGACUGGUGAUGGCUGAGCUUUUUUGGUGCAUGUUGUUGACCAUUCUCUUAUUGUAGUAAUUUUCCUGCUCAGUAAGUUACUUCCCUUAGGUUGCUUGCAAAACAAAACCUAGGGGCUGCUGAUUUCUAUUGUUACACUUCUCAAGUAUAUUUAUUAGAUUUUCCAUUCCUUAUUUUCUCAUUCCCGAUAAUGGAUUAAAUCCUUUACACCUCAUAGUGUUCCAGAAUCUUUGUGAUCUUGAGUACUUUCUCCCUUUGGAAGGUAUUUAUGGAUUUACCUGUUGAUGUCAAAGUAAUACUUGCUGCAUUUUCCUUGAGAAAUUCUAUAUAGUUACUGCUUUCUUUGAAAUAUUAUUAUGUGUGUAGGUCCCUUCGGCAAUAACUGUAUGGUUCACAAGGUACAAGGUGUUGGAUUCUCCUGGAAUGUGUUUUCAAGGCCAGUAUCUUAAGGAACAGAAAGGGUACUUUGGGAGCAAUUGAAACAGAUUAAUCAAAUAAGUUCAUCCUACGAACAUGUUUGCAACCUCCAAGCGGUUGAAAGGAUGCAUGGGGCUGCAAAUAUUCGGUGCUGACAAGGAACUCCUUUAAGAAGCCAGACAUAAUUAGCCAUCUUUAAGACGCUCUAAAUUUCUUUAAUGGCAACCUUGAGAACGAGUGCCGGAGCAAGUCGGGGAAGAAACACUUGCCCAAGAUGGCAUUGGACACAUGAGGAAGAUGACCUCCUAAGAACCCUUGUCCAGGAGUAUGGUGCAGCAAGGUGGGACCACAUUGCAACUCAUAUCCAAGGGAGAUCAGGGAAGAGCUGUAGGAUAAGGUGGCUCAACCAAUUGCAGCCAGGACUUAAUAAGACACCAUUUAGUCUAGAAGAAAAGCAAAUGCUCCUUGAGCUUCACAAAGGCUUAGGGAACAGGUGGUCUGUCAUAGUCAGGUUCUUCCCCGGUCGAACAGAUAACCAAGUGAAGAAUCACUACCAUAUACUUGCAGGGACUAGGAAAUCCACACCCUCGUUUUCCAGCAAUGAUCCCCAUGUCCCUCUGGAUAAUGGAUAUUCACAGUUUUCUGAUGUUACCAGUGGAGGAACGCGACCUCCAUUCAUCAGUGGUUCCUCUUCUGUCUAUGGAAUGGCUGUAAGUUUUACCCAGGUUGGAGCGCCCUCUUCCAUCCCAAACAGCCCUGGUUCUCACCCACAUCAGACAAUUAGCGAUGGGAGUUCCAUGAUCUCGGAUGCGAGUUCUGCCUGCAUCCAAGAUCCUGAAUUCAUUGACUUUUUGGGGGUUGGGAGUUCAUAUUAAAGAGUUGUCGCGUUUGUUGUUUCCUUGUUAUGCUUUUCUCGCCGUUCUCCCUUUUUUCGUCUAUUUUGGAGUCGUAUGAGGAGCCAUUUUGUUCAAAUUCUCGCCUUAUGGUGAAAAUUUCUGGCAAGGACUCCUGUGGUUUAUCUGAAUAAUGUUUCCUUAUUUUGAAUAAAUGAACUCCGCUGUUUCUUUCUGAA